CCAACACAUAAAUUACCUCUAAAAGAGAAAGUCAUAAUAUGUAUCACACAGUAUCUAAUAAAGUACAGUGUUGACUGGUUGACUUCAAACUUGAUAAGAUAUUGUUUGGGUUUGAUUUGGUAUAAAUUAUAGCUGGCUGAGGGGAUAGCGCUUAGUUCUAAAACUGGAGUGUUGGUUGAAACAAUAGAUUUUUCUAAAUUAAUUUCCGGGCUCCGAGUGAUUUUUAAUUGAGGACUUUUUUAAAAUUGAAUCGGUUUUUGUGUGGUGAAACAGGAAGAAGAUGCCGCCAAAUCAAAACAAUGUCGCAGGCCAAACCUCCCUAAAGGUGGCCAUCAUCGGCCAAAGUCCGUUCGCAGUGGACGUAAUGGAAAGAAUGAUCAGCCAUGGACACAAAAUCGUCGGUGUCUUUACUAUCCUUGACAAAGGCAAAAGGGAAGAUCCACUGGCUAAAGCGGCCCAUGAAAGCGAUAUUCCGUGCUUCAAAAUCAAGGCAUGGAGAAAUAAAGGUGUUCCGCUUCCAGAGAUUUUGGAGCUGUACAGAAGUGUUAAUGCAGAUUUGAAUGUUUUGCCUUAUUGCUCGCAGUUUAUUCCGAUGGAAGUUAUCAAUUAUCCAAGACUUAAGAGUAUUUGCUAUCAUCCCUCAAUUUUGCCAAGGCAUAGAGGAGCAAGUUCUAUUAAUUGGACAUUAAUUUGCGGUGACAAAAAAGCAGGGCUCACCAUAUUUUGGGCAGAUGAUGGACUCGAUACCGGACCCAUUCUCUUGCAAGAAGAAUGCGAAGUUUUGGAAGACGAUACUGUUGAUUCCCUAUACAAAAGAUUCUUAUAUCCAGUAGGAAUCUCUGCGGUAGCCAGAGCUGUAGAUAUGGUAGCUGACGGCAGCGCUCCCAAAAUUGUACAAAGUGAAAAAGGGGCCACCUACGACCCAAUGCUCAACAAACCGGACUUACAAAAGAUCGAUUUUUCAAAAACCGGCCUCGAACUCCACAACUUCAUCAGAGGCAUGGACUCGGUACCGGGAGCGAGUUGCAAAAUUCGUUUACCAGGCACUGAAGACUACCAAGAAGGCCUAUUGUUUGGUUCCAGCUUGUGGAAAAGUGCAGUACCGAUAGGAAAAGAAGUUGAAAUUGACGGAACCACUCCGGGAAUUAUUCACCAGGGUGGAUUAUUGCUUAGGGGUUCAGAUGGAGAAUAUGUUAACGUUAAGAGGGUUAAAGUAGGAGGUAGAAUGAAAAACGCUUCAACCUUGGACCAACAAACCAAACAAGUUCAAAUUCAGUACACGCAAGAGGAAAAAGCCCAAAUUGAGAUAGUCAGGGACGUUUGGGAAGCAAUUUUGAGCGUAGAUGUUGAAGAUGACACUGACUUUUUUGCUUCUGGAGCGGCCUCUAUGGAUGUAGUAAGGCUUGUGGAAGAAGUUAAAGACAUAUUUAAAACUGAUUUAGAAAACGAAGACGUAUUUUUAGCCCCAGUAUUCUCCGAAUUUGUACUAAACGUAGUUCUAAAAACCAGAGGCGCUGGUGGAAAAGUGGAAAUUGAGUACAGGCCCAUCGAACUAGAUGUUAAUAAACGUAAAAUCAAAUUCCCCUGUCAAUUAUUUAUUAACGGAGAAUUUAUUGAUGCCGAAAAUGGAAAUACUUUGCCAACAAUUAAUCCAGCUACAGAACAAAAAAUUUGCGACGUCCAAUGUGCUUCAAUAAAUGACGUAGAUAAGGCUGUCCAAGCUGCUAAAAAGGCCUUUGAAGAAGGAGAAUGGAGUAAAAUUAGCGCAAGAGAAAGGGGACAGUUAUUAUACAAAUUGGCAGAUUUAAUGCAACAGCACAAAGAAGAACUGGCUACAAUUGAAAGCAUAGACUCCGGUGCGGUAUACACUUUAGCUCUUAAGACUCACGUUGGCAUGAGUAUCGAAACGUGGAGAUACUUCGCUGGAUGGGCUGAUAAAAUCCAAGGCUCUACAAUUCCUGUGUCUCAUGCCAGACCCAAUAGGAAUUUGAGUUUUACUAAAAAAGAACCAAUCGGAGUGUGUGGCCUAGUAACUCCCUGGAACUACCCAUUAAUGAUGCUAUCAUGGAAAAUGGCUGCCUGUUUAGCAGCUGGAAAUACCGUAGUUAUCAAACCUGCACAAGUUUCUCCAUUGACAGCCCUUAAGUUUGCAGAAUUAUCCGUAAAAGCUGGUAUUCCCCCUGGUGUAAUCAAUGUAGUUCCAGGAAAAGGUUCGGAGGCUGGUAAUGCUGUAGCUCACCAUCCUCAAGUAAGAAAACUAGGAUUCACCGGCAGUACAGAAGUAGGUCAAGUGAUAAUGAAAAGUUGCGCUGAAUCCAACUUGAAAAAAGUAUCUCUAGAAUUGGGUGGUAAAUCUCCAUUGGUUAUUUUUAACGACUGUGAUUUAGACAAGGCUGUGAGAUUGGGCAUGCAAUCUGUGUUUUUUAAUAAAGGCGAAAAUUGUAUAGCCGCUGGCAGGAUUUUUGUUGAGGAUAGUAUACACGAUGAAUUCCUUAGAAGGGUAGUAGCGGAAACCAAAAAAAUUGCUAUUGGCGAUCCGCUCAAUAAAUCUACCUCUCAUGGACCUCAAAAUCAUUUAGCUCAUUUAAAUAAAUUAUUAGAAUAUGUUCAAAUAGGUGUAAAAGAAGGAGCAAAAUUAGAAUAUGGUGGCAAAAGAGUAAACAGGACAGGAUAUUUCUUCGAACCAACAGUAUUUAGCAAUGUAGAAGACCACAUGUAUAUCGCCAUUGAAGAAUCUUUUGGGCCUAUCAUGAUUGUUAGUCGAUUCAAUAAUGGGGAUAUUGACGGUGUUCUCAAACGGGCCAACAAUACUGAAUUCGGUCUUGCCUCUGGAGUUUUCACCAAAGAUAUUUCCAAAGCUCUAAGGUUUGCCGAAAAAAUCGAAGCUGGAACUGUUUUUAUUAAUACUUAUAAUAAAACGGACGUGGCCGCUCCGUUUGGUGGAUUCAAGCAGAGUGGUUUUGGCAAGGAUCUCGGACAAGAGGCGCUGAACGAAUAUUUGAAGACGAAAUGUGUUACUGUCGAAUAUUGAAGUUUAAGAGAAUUUUAGAAAAAUUAAGUACCUAAUUCAAGUUUUUGUUAUUUUAUAGUUUUUAGUUAUUUAUAUUUAGCUGGUGUUAACAGAUAUUCUGUUAUGUAAAGUAUGUGUUGCAUUUUACUAAGUAUAAGUAUAUUUUGACGUCUU